CGGUGGUUGGGUAGCGCCGCUUCUGUAGAGGAGGAGGAGGAAGGAGGAUGGCGGAGUCCGGGCUCUUGACGGAAUUUUAACGAGCCUUUGACCUUCAACUUUUUACUAGUUGGAAUGUGUUAUCAUGUUUGGGUACAGUGCCUUCAGAACCAACAUGUAACAGAUGAAUGUCACUUUAUACAAGUUGCUACUUCAAGCAGCAGUUUUGACUCUGUAGGAUCCCUAUAUCUUCAAGCUUGAAUUUCAGUUUGUUGUGGUAAACGAAAUAAAAGAAGUUCAUGUAGUGCUUGUUCUAGCUUGAGUCAUCAUGAGUAGCAGUGUAGGAAAAGAAAAAGACUGUAAAGAGAAAGAUCCUAAAGUGCCAUCAGCCAAGGAAAGAGAAAAGGAGGCAAAGGCCUCUGGAGGUUUUGGAAAAGAAAGCAAAGAAAAGGAACCUAAGACCAAAGGGAAAGAUGCCAAAGAUGGAAAGAAAGACUCCAGUGCUGCACAGCCAGGUGUGGCUUUUUCUGUGGACAAUACUAUCAAACGUCCCAAUCCAGCUCCAGGGACUCGAAAAAAAUCUAGCAAUGCUGAAGUGAUUAAAGAGCUAAACAAAUGCCGGGAAGAGAAUUCAAUGCGAUUGGACUUAUCCAAGAGAUCUAUACACAUGCUUCCUUCAUCAAUCAAAGAAUUGACACAACUAACAGAACUAUAUUUAUACAGUAACAAAUUACAGUCUCUCCCAGCAGAGGUGGGCUGUUUAGUGAAUCUAGUAACACUGGCACUGAGUGAAAACUCACUGACCAGUUUGCCUGACUCUCUUGAUAACUUGAAGAAGCUUCGCAUGCUUGACCUACGACAUAACAAACUGAGGGAAAUUCCUUCCGUGGUGUAUAGGCUAGAUUCUCUCACCACUCUAUAUCUUCGUUUUAAUCGAAUCACUACUGUGGAAAAGGAUAUCAAAAAUUUGUCAAAACUCAUCAUGCUUAGCAUUCGGGAAAACAAAAUCAAACAACUACCUGCUGAAAUUGGUGAAUUAUGUAAUCUCAUAACCUUGGAUGUAGCUCACAAUCAAUUGGAGCAUCUUCCAAAGGAGAUUGGAACCUGCACUCAAAUCACCAACCUUGAUUUGCAGCACAAUGAACUCCUGGAUCUUCCUGAAACUAUAGGAAACCUGUCCAGUUUAAAUCGUCUUGGACUAAGAUAUAACAGACUGUCAGCAAUACCAAGGUCAUUAGCAAAAUGCAGUGCACUUGAGGAGCUGAAUUUAGAAAAUAAUAACAUUUCUACUUUGCCAGAGGGUCUACUAUCAAGUCUUGUGAAUUUGAAUAGUUUGACACUAGCUAGAAAUUGCUUCCAGUCAUAUCCAAUGGGAGGUCCAUCUCAGUUCUCCACCAUCUAUUCCCUUAAUAUGGAACACAACAGAAUCAAUAAAAUUCCAUUUGGAAUUUUCUCUAGAGCAAAAGUAUUAAGCAAGCUGAAUAUGAAGGACAAUCAAUUAACCGCCCUUCCCUUGGACUAUGGAACUUGGACCAGUAUGGUAGAAUUGAAUUUAGCUACCAAUCAGAUUACAAAAAUCACUGAAGAUGUAUCGGGACUUGUUUCUCUUGAGGUUCUAAUAUUGUCAAAUAAUGUUCUGAAGAGGCUCCCUCAUGGCCUUGGAAACCUUCGGAAGUUAAGAGAAUUGGACCUAGAAGAGAACAAACUAGAAUCAUUGCCUAAUGAAAUUGCUUAUCUUAAAGAUUUACAGAAAUUAGUCCUAACGAACAACCAAUUGAAUAAUCUUCCCAGAGGAAUUGGUCACCUUACCAAUCUCACACAUCUUGGCCUUGGAGAGAACCUACUUGCCCAUCUUCCUGAGGAAAUUGGUACACUGGAGAACCUAGAAGAACUAUAUUUGAAUGACAACCCUAAUCUUCAUGGCCUUCCUUUUGAGUUGGCUCUUUGCAGCAAACUGUCAAUCAUGAGUAUCGAGAACUGUCCACUCAGUCACCUUCCACCUCAGAUUGUUGCAGGAGGACCAUCUUUCAUCAUUCAAUUUCUAAAGAUGCAAGGUCCAUAUCGUGCCAUGGUCUGAUGCAAAUCAGUUGUCCCGAACACUGUACAAAAUAUAAACUGCAUUAAUGUUGUCUCAUAUCUAUAUCUGUAUCUCUGUUUGUAGAUAUUGAUAUAUAUAUGGCAGAUUUAUUAAGACUGCGUUAUGUGUUUCUGCUAAUAGAGGAAUCAUAGCCAUUUAGAUUUUUUUUAUUCUGUAUAAAAUGCUUGUUUGAGUUUUCUUUGCUGAAUUUGAUGGAUUUUUGUCUAUUGAGUCAUAUGUAAUACCAGUUCACUUAAUACAUUUGCCAACAAAUUAAAAAAUUCUUAAAUUUAAGGGACAAAAGUAGUAUUGUUAGAUAGACUUUCUAUUAGGAAAAAUAAUGUACAAAUAUUUGUUGCAACUUUUCAUAUUCGUUUUUCCCUUCUCCUUGUCAGAACUCUAUAAUGUCAUACACCCUAAAGAUAGAAUUUUUCUUUAACUUAUUUUGAGAUUUGAAACAAAUGGUUUUUUAUAUAUUGUUUACAGUCAGAGUAAAUCACUGGAUUUUUUUAUUUGUUUUGAUUUGCUCUGUUUUAAUCAAUCAUAACUAGAAUUUAUAUGCUUCUGCUGAAGAAUUUGUAUCAUCUAGUUUAUAUACAAAAAGAUAUGCUCAAUGAAAUAACUGGUAAACUGAAAAGAUGCAGCCAAAAUGCUUGAAUUCUUGUAAUUAUACUUCUCUGAAUUAUCAUUUGUGAGGCAAAACAUAUCUGAACUGAGCCUUUGAGGAGGGUUGGGGGAAAAUAAAGGGGACAUGACAUCUUUUCUAGCACAGAUUGGGGGAAGAAAUACAGAAUUGGUUCAGUGAAAAGCAGUUAUUGUUUUGGGAAGUUGCAGUUAGACAAAAUCUAAUUCAGUUUGAUUGGCAAGAAAAUCUCAUCCACACACACUUUAUGUAUAAAUAUACAAUCCUAUAUAGAUGUGUAUUUAUUAUGACCUUAAUGACAUCAAGUAAUGUUGAGGAUUUCUCCCCAUCCAUGUACAAUGAAUGAAUUGAAUGUCUCUUUCUUUUUAAACACUGCAAUAUAUGUAAGUUUUAGGGUUAUUUAACAUGUACUCUGGUUUUAUAUCUUGACUUGCCUUGUACAUCAUUCAAUCCUGGAAUUUCUGCAUCCAAGCACAAUAUCUUCACACUGUGCUAUGUUGCUGCUGAACUAAAUGCACUUUUCCCUGUAUUUGGGGUACUUGCUUCAAAGAAUUCAGUUCAGUAUCAUGUAUCAUUCAUUAUAACUUUACCCUUUUCCUCAGUAGUUACUCAAGAGGCACAUAUUGAGUUGUGCAAAGAAGCUGUUGAUAGCUCAGUGGAAAUACUGUAAGUUGUGCAUGUAUUCUCUGAUAUCUUUUCUUUUUUCAUAUUUCAUUAAGGCUAACAGUGUUGUCUAAGUGGCACACAUUUCCUAUAGUACUGUUCUUUUUGUAGUGCCAGUAUAAAUUAUUUUCAUUAACAUUGAUACUCAAAGGGCAGUUACAUUCCAGUUACAUCCCCAUUGUAGUAGAUAUAAAUUGUCAAUUGCUAUUUUUUGCCAUUUAAGUGGGAUUUGUAUAUUUUGAAAAAAAUCUUAUCAAUUAUUGGGAUGGAUGAGUAAGGUGGUAUUGUUUGUUUGUCCCUCCCCACCGCCCCCCUCAAAACUCAGUACAGUUAAGGAUUGUACUGCCUUAGGCUAGAAUCACUCUUCUUAUUUUAUGUGACAUUUUCAUAAAGAAGAAUGUUAAAAUAGAAGGCAGAUGGAGAUAUAGAAUAUUAUAUGUGCUGUAAAAACUAUUGUGGAUAUCACUGGAUUGUACCAGGUAAUAUCUUUUUUUUCUCUUUUUCCAUCUGUUGUGGCUUUUCAGUUCAAAUUUUGUUUUAUAAAGAAUUAUGUUAUUACUGCUCUAACUCUUAGAAUCUGCCCCCCACAACUUAAAUGCAUUAAAAUAUGAAAAUGCUGAAAAUUGAAUUUUAAAGACCAUAAUCUAUUUUUUUGGAAAAUAAUUGAAAAGAUUUGUGAUCAUUAUAACUCUUUAAAAUGGAAAUAGAUGCCCCAUAUCUCUUAAAUUAUAAGUUUCCUAUGCUUUAAUAUGAGGAAUGUCUACUUAAUAUAUUAAUCUAUUACAAUGGGGCAAAGAUAAAGCCAUUUUAUUGUAGUACUAAAGCUACUUGAAAAAGAGAAAAUGAGGGGCCAUUGUAAAGACUUUUAAUGAGCAUAAAUCAGUUUUCUAAUGGCUGCCUCUUUGUAAAACAGCACAUAGAUUUCUUUGCCUCUACAAGCCAGAAACAAGCAUGAACUUUAAUUGGGCUAUGCUCGUUAAACAAGAUGUUUCAUAUGUAAAUAGCUUGAUCUGAAUUUUUACCUUUCUAAGGUGUUUUGCUAAAAUGAUCAGAAUUGACCCUCUUCCUGAAAUUGCAAUAGGUUGAGUAGUUGGUUUACCUAAAAUAACAUGCUUGCUGCUUUCUUUUAAAGAAAAUAUGACCAGUCUCUCCAUUAUCCUGUGAGUAAAUAAAACAAAAAAAUGUAGAAAAAGACUAUGGUAUAAAAGAUCCUUUUUGAAUAUUUUCCUUCUUUUAAUGUAUGGUAGCUAAAUGGCAAUGCUACUUAACUCUUUGAGGAGGUGUUGGGUGGGGGUGGAGGGGUAAGGGGUUGGUGUAUGGGUAUAUCUGUCUGUCUCCCAAGUGGUUAUUUCCUACAGUAAAAAGGGGAAAUACAAAAAAGUUUUGUGGAAAUAAAGAAUUAAAAACAACAACAACAACAACAAUAUGUAAUAGAAACUCUAGGAAGAAAAAUAUGCAUAAAAUGCAUUUUUGUAAUUGUAAUAUUAAAAGUUGGGUACUGUAAUUGAAAUGAGCUUUAAUAGUUCACUUGCAUAUGUUUGAUUUAUAUUACUAUGUAUUUUGAAUCAGUUAAAAUGGAUAAAGUACUCUGUGGCAAAAUGUACUUAGUUUUUAAAAUUCUCCAUUAUGUUUUGUGGAUCCCUUUGGUUUUAAGUGUAUGUAUUGUGCCAAAUUUCAGCUGGCAGACUACUUUUGCUUAUCUGUGCAAAUAGUUCAUGAUCAGUUUCACAAUGGAGAGGCAAACAAUACAAUUUAAAAUAAGCAAGAAAAGGAAAUUAUAUCGCUAGGCAAAAUAAGAUAAAAUAUUUCUUUCUACUAGAAUUAGUAGUAAGAUAUAUUAGUUAUAACUUUCCAUUUUAAUAUUGCUCUGAUCUUAUGACAGAUAAUUCUUCUGGAGUCAAUUAGUAGAAAUUAAAAAGUAUAACAAUCUUUAGUAAUGGAAGAAUCUUUGUGUUAUGAAUGUAAGAAAAGCUUGGUGUUCAUCUGGAAUUCAAAGGCAUAACCUUAAGAGCUAAAAUUUAUAGGAUAUUAUCAGGAGUAUGUAAUGGGUAAUAAAAUCAGUAGUAGUGAAUUAGUAUAAAUUUGAUAUAGUGUGAACUUGACCACAAUAAUUAGGAAAGGGAAAUAAAUUAUUAAAAAUUUUUGAAAAAUAAAUAGGAAAUAUAGUGUGUGUAUGUAUAGACACAUGGACAUACAUAUAUGAGUGAAUUUUGUGGAUUUCAAAUUUAAUUAAAUGAGUGACUGGUACCCAAGAACAAAAAAGAAAAACUUUUUCUUAAUGUUAGUGUUAUCUCACAUACAUAUCUUAUAUCCAAGUAAGUGAAAUUAAUCUGAACAAAUCAAUUAUAACCAAAACAUAUCUCAGUGUAGGACAAUAGUGGUGGAUUGGAAGGAAAGAAAGGCAUUUUCCCUUCUCCUUCCUACUGUAGGGUGAGGAAGAAUAAUUUUAAAAGCUUGGGCAUAACUAUAUCAUUAAUAAUAAUAACAGCUCACAUUUGUAUAUAAAGCAUUUUAAGGUUUUCAAAGUAAUUUCUUCACAACAAUCCUAUGAGUUAAGUAGAUAAUGGCAAGUAUUGCCACCCUUUAGAGAAGAGGAAAUUAAAACUUAGAUUAGGUAGUUUCCCAAGGAUCAAACAGCUAGUAAGUGUCAGAGCCAAAACUCAAUCCCAGGUCUAAUGACAAGUCCAGGGCUCUUUAUACCACACCAUGCUGCCUCAGAUUAUUCUGUGAAGAAUGAUCCUGAUAUUGAUUGGAUAAUAGGAUUAUGUGAGUGACAAUUUUUUAGCAUGUUACAUGUUCGGGGAAACCUAAAAAAUGAUUCAGUUUUGAAAGUUUUAUGGUAGGAUAGGUGGUGCUUCAGUGAAUGUCCUUUAGGUUUCUGUGCUGUCUUGUCUACUUACGGCCUUUGCUGGUGUUAUAUAGAUUAGCAUGUUCAGAUUUUGAAAGCUAAAUAUAUCAGUAGCAUUUGCAUCAGCCAUAUAUAUUAUUUUCUUCUAAUGAUUUUGGGGAAUACUUUUUUCAUCUGGUAAGCACUUAAAUAUGAUCUUCCCACCAACCUCAUUUUGUAUUAUUUAAAAAUACAACAUAAAGAGGAGUGUUUUAGUUUACUCCUGAACCUACUUUUUUCAGUAUAAAUUUUAAUUACAGAAAUUCUAAAACAUGUUAUCAAAUAAUCUUAAUUGUCUUGAGUUACUCUGACCUUGAAUAUUGAUGCAAUUUUUUAACAUAUCACCAAUUACAAAGUCUCCUUGUAGCAGUUCAACAACUUGAACGCAGCAAAGUAUUUGUGUAUAGUCAGUAAUGACCCUCGGUUAUAUCUUUAAAUAUGCAUGUCAAAACUUGAUUUUAAUUAAGAUAUACAGUUGGCAGUCAUUUGCACAAUAUGACAAAUUUACAAGGCACAAACAUGAUAAUAUCUACAAACAAUAUCUAAAAUCUUUUGGGGGUUUAUUCCAGCAAAGAUCAAUGCAUCUUCUGAUGUGUAGGUCUUAACCAGGACUGCACAGAACUUAAGAAUGUGGAAAAUACUGGGCCACAUUCAGUUGUGGUUAAAAGUUAAACAAAGUGUAAACAGCCCAUAAAAAAUGUACUUUUAUUCUUACUUGUACUGUUGAUUGUUAUGUCUAUAUAAAAAUUGCCUUGCCUUUUUUUUAUAAGUCAUUCUGUAUUAAUUGCAUUCAUUAUAAAUAGUAUAUUUGUAAAUGUGCUGCCAUUGAGUCUUUUGAAAGAUUUCUAGUACUCAAUCUGAAGCUGGUUGUAAAGUGAACUUUGCGGUGUCAUUGAUGUCACACAAAAAAUGCAGCUGUUGUGAGAUGGAGAUAAUUAAUUUAUCCCUUUUAUCAUUUAACCCUUUGAAGAUAAAUAUACAGAAAGAAAAAAUACACCAGUUAAUUUUUUCCUACAUUGCAUGACAGUAAUUGCAAAUAAAGACUUGCUUAAAUUUGACAUAUUUAUUAGUUAUAAAAAUAGAAAAUAUUUUAACAACUUUUUUCAUUCUUUCAUUAUGGUAAAGUGAAACAUACUUUUUAAUUACUAAUAGUACCUUAGCAGGUGAGGGAGCAAUUCUAUUUCUUCAUUUUUAUAGUUUCUGCCUCCUGUGGUAUUUUAUCAUAUUUUGCUAUCACAGAAAAAUCACCAUGAUAACAACUAUGUUGACUUUUUUAUGUAUUUAUAUAUAUUCUUCCACCUCGCUCUCCCUCUUUUUCUGUAUCUUAUUCAAAAAAUGUCUUAAAAUAUGACAUAUAUUAUAUAUGUGUAUAUAUACAUGUCUAUGUGGUUAUAUGACUGUGUGUGUGUGUACACACACACACACAUACACACAUAUAUAUGUGUGUAUAUAUGUAUAUAUAUGUAUGUAUAUAAUUUUUUUCCCCCUCUCACUGGGAAGUUCUACUCCAAUGCUUCAGUUUGACAUUUUGGUGGCCUUGGGAAAUAAAAAAAACUGUUAGUUGAGCAGUUCCUAUUAAAUUGGAAAAACUUUGAAUAGGGACCCUGUGAUAGACCAUGCUUUUUGUGACAGAAUCAGCCUAAAUUUGGAGAAGCUUUUCUUUGUGUUGGCUGCAGAAUAGUGAAUUUAUCAUAUCAGCCAUAUCAACUUUUCAAAGAUGAUAAAAUCACAGAGGUUUGAGAUAUACUAUAAUCAGAAUAAGAAGUGAGAAAUGGUAGAUACUCUAAUAGAAUUACGAAUUCCUUGACUAUGCCAUUUAAAACUUAUAGGUAUGUUUAAAGGUAGAAGCUAGUGAAUCUAAAGGAAUUAUUUGAGGGGAAGAAAAAAAGAAGGCAAUAUAUUAGUUACUGAGAUGGAAAUUAGUGAAAAUUCAUUUUAAGUAGAUUUUAACAAUUCUUAAUUUCAAAAGAUUUAAUGAGAAAAGUGUAAUAUAGGUUAAAUUAGAUCUUGAAAUACUCUACUAAAGGCAUAUAGAAACAAUGUUUACGUGUAGAAACAGGAAACCAGAUUGAAUAUCUCCCCACAUUGUUCUUUGCAGUACAUUUGCAUUAGAAAACUAGGCACUUCUCCUUUUACUUUUUAUUCUAUGAAUAUGACAUUUUUAAAGACAUUAAUCCUUACAGUGAGCUGACAGUACCCUGACCAUAUGAAAAAGAGCCCAAGAUUAUGAGCCAAAAAUGAAAAUGAUGAAAAUUAACAUUUUUUUAAGAAGUCAAUUUGAAGCUCAGUCAGUGAGAUAGGAAUAGCAGGUAUCUACUGUAAAUGCUUGGAGCUUCUCUUGAUCAGAAUAAAAAAUGUACUCAUAAAUAGCCUUAGUAAUAUUUUCACAAAUUAUAAUGUCCUAAAACAUUAGAGAAUUUUAAUGUUUUAUAUCAUUCCAUUUGAAGCCUACAACUAUUUCAUAAUGCUUUUUAAAAUGAUUUUUUUUUUUUUUGCCAUGGUCUCUAAAUAGUCCUUGUUUUUUUGACCUAGUUUGUUUUUUUAUCAAAAUUAUCCAAAAGUUACCCAUUUUGAAUUUUCUGUUUUUUAUUCUCAGCUGAGCAGGUCAUUUGGUUCUUUUCAGAGUUUGAGAUUAGUGGACUCUGUCAGUUCACAUUGCUCUGAUUUUUAAAUUUUAUUUGCCCUACCCUCUUUUUUCUAGAAUAUGACAAUUGAUUACUAAGAUAAAGUUCUGAGACCCAAGAAGGAGAUCCUUUUAGAUUAAAAUAAAAAUCCCAGCAUUCAUAGAAAAUGCUAAACAUAUUCAUUUUAACCUCAUAACUCUUGUGAGGUGGGUACCACAUGUAUUACCUUAUUGGGGCGAAAAUGGAGGAUCCAUGAGGCUGGAUGAGUUGCCCAGGAUUACCUCUUGUGUAUUUAUUAGUAAGUAUCUAAGAUGAGAUUUGACAGCAAAAAUACCCUGACUCUUAAAUCUAUCACUUUAUAGAGUAGUAUGUGUUCCCUUUCUGUUGAUACAAAUUGGUCUACAUUGGUGUUGCUUUCAUGUAAAACAAAAUAAAACAAAUCAGGGAAAUGGAAGGAUCAAGAUUAACAUAAUUCUGAUAUGAUUGAUUUUCUGUGAAAUAUAUACUUUUUUUCUUAA